CAAAGUUUGCCGUUUGUGGCGUCCUGAACGCUGUGUGUCGUUGGUGGAAGCGUCGUGAAUUUUAAGCUUGUGGAUCUUUCUCAGUGCAGAAAGGAGCAUCACAUUCCUUUAAUCCCUGUACCCUCGCUCUUGAAGGCUAGUUGGUAUUAAGAGAAAAUAUACGGAACAGCCGUGAUGUCUUCAAAGAUGCAGAAAAACCAGAAUAUCCAGGUGUUUGUUAGGUCAAGGCCGCUCAACAGCAGCGAGCGGGGCCGCGGCUCGUUCUCGGUGCUGAGCACCUCCGACCACACGGUGACGCUGAAGGAGCGGCCUCAAGACAAGUUUGCCAAGACAUUUACCUUCGACCGUGUGUUCGGACCCGACUCCAAGCAGGUGGACGUGUACCGCGUGGUGGUGCUGCCGCUGUUGGAGCAGGUGCUGUUUGGCUACAACUGCACCGUAUUUGCCUACGGCCAGACCGGCACCGGCAAGACGUUCACCAUGGAGGGCGAGCGCAGCGACACACAGCUGCCCUGGGACCAGGACCCGGACGUGGGCAUCAUCCCGCGCACGCUCAGCCAGCUGUUCGACGAGCUGCGCAUCCAGGGCGUGGAGUUCACCGUGCGCGUGUCCUUCCUGGAGCUGUACAACGAGGAGCUGUUCGACCUGCUCGGGCCCGAGACGGACACCACCCGACUGAGGCUGUACGAAGACGCCAGCAAGAAGGGCUCGUGCAUCAUUCAAGGCUUGGAGGAGGUGACGGUGCACAACAAGAACGACGUGUACGAGAUCCUGCGGCUGGGCUCGCAGAAGCGCCAGACGGCCGCCACGCUGAUGAAUGCCCACUCCAGUCGUUCCCACACCGUCUUCUCCGUGACGGUGCACAUCAAGGAGAACACGGUCGACGGCGAGGAGCUGCUCAAGACCGGCAAGCUCAACCUGGUGGACCUGGCCGGCAGCGAGAACGUGGGCAGGUCGGGGGCCGUCGACCGGCGCGCGCGAGAGGCGGGCAACAUCAACCAGAGUCUGCUGACCCUGGGCCGUGUCAUCACAUCGCUGGUGGAGCGGGCACCGCACGUGCCGUACAGGGAGUCGAAGCUGACGCGGCUGCUGCAGGACUCGCUGGGCGGGCGCACCAAGACUUCCAUCAUCGCGGCCGUGUCGCCAGCCUCCUGCAACCUGGAGGAGACGCUCAGCACGCUGGACUACGCCCAGCGCGCUAAGAGCAUCACCAACCGGCCCGAGAUCAACCAGAAGCUCAGCAAGAAGAUGCUCAUGAAGGAGUACACGGAGGAGAUUGAGCGGCUGCGGCGGGACCUGCUGGCCACGCGCGAGCAGACGGGCGUGUACCUGGCGCCCGAGAAUUACAACUCGAUGCUGGGCAAGAUUGAGCAGCAGGAGCAGGAGAUCGUGGAGAAGGUCAACCACAUCCGCGCGCUGCAGGAGGAGUCUGAGAAGAAGCAGGCUAUUUUCGUCGAUCUGAAAACGGCGCUGGCGGAGAAGACAACUGCUCUGGAGGAGAAGGUGGCUGUUCUCAUGGAAACGGAGAGUAAGCUGUGCGACACACGAUGCAACUUGGCAAAGACUGAAGAGUCGCUGCAGCAGACGCAGGCUCAGCGCGACGAGCAGAGCCACCUGGUGGAGCGUCGCGCCGAGACGGAGCGCCGUCUGGCCGGUCAGGCGCAGCAGCUGCUGGCCACCGUGGAAGGUGCCGCCGGACGAUCUGGUGCGCGUGCACGACAAGCUGGACCGCAAGCGCUCGCUGGAGCAGCGCAACGACGCCGUGGGCCGCGAGUUCCACGUCCAGUUCCAGACGGACAUGGCGCGCCUGGAGACGGCCCUGGACACGGCUUUCCAGCAGCAGCGCGCCUUCUGCAAGCAGAUGUACGCCAACUUGGG